UGAUUUUGAUAACCUUAUUUUAAAUUUAGUGUUAACAGUUUUAUGUAUUUAUUUGUCCGUUGAAUUAAUUUCAGUUAUUGUGUAACAUUCCAAUUAGUUCUUUAAAAAGUUAAUGUGUGAAUCCAAUUAAACUAUUUUAAGUUUGUUUUAAUCUAAUAAAUUAUGAGUCCAAUAAAUGAUUGCGACGAUUACGAGGAUGAUUUGAACGUGAAGAAAAAACAGUGUACAUCACAUGAAAAGAAACGCAAAAACAUUGAAAAAGUAGAUAUUCCAAAAGAUGAAGUUAAAAUGGCUCGAUGUGAUACCUGCAAGCAAUAUUUAGACGCGAUUAUCCCAUACGGUGGACAUCCAAACAACGCGGCUGAUGAAUAUGUAGCUUUAACUGAUGAAAAAUUAAUGAUUUUUACUGGUGAAGAAGAAGAAGUCAAUGAACAAGAUAGUUGGCCUACAAAUAAUAUAACUUAUUUUGCGGUUUAUGAUUCACAUGGACAUCUAUGUCCUUUCGAUACUGGUUUAAUUCAACAAAAUAAACACUUAUAUUUUUCUGGAUAUUUAAAGCCAAUUUAUGAUGAUAAUCCAUUACCAGAUGAUGGAAUUCCUGUUAAAGAUGCAGGUCCAAUUAAUGAAUGGUAUAUUUGGGGAUUUGAUGGUGGUAAAAACUCAAUAAUCGGAUUUUCAACCAGUUUCGGAGAAUACAAUCUCAUGACACCAUCGCCAGCGUAUCAACAAUUUAUGACUGAGGUCAAUCAAAAAAUGGCCUUGACGAAAUUAGUUAUAGAAUUUUUAAUGGACGAAGGUUGGCAGUCACCAACUUACGAAGAUCUCCUUCAAAGAUUAUCCACUACCGAAGAUCUAAACGAAGAGAUUUUGUUACAACACGCUCAAUUUGUUUGUGAUCAUGUGGUUAGUUUUGAUUCUUCCGCAGAUAACGACGCAGAGGAUCUGUUAAUAACCACUCCUUGUAUGCGAGCUUUGGUAAAAAUAGCUGGAGUUACAUUUCAAAAAUCUAAAAAAAAUCCUAAAGCAAGUAGUCGAAAGAUUUCUAAAGCGAUUACUGACCAAAUAAAGAAUAACAAGAAGCCAUCUCGAAGUAAAGCCACAACAACAGCGUUAGUUAGAGACGUUUUCGAAACGUUUUUUGCCGAACAAAUUGAUAAAGGAACGGGUGAAAAGGGGCCUAGGAAGAAACGUUGUGGUAUUUGCGAAGCUUGCCAAAGUUCUGAUUGUGGGAAAUGCGUUUUUUGUCGUUCCAUGUUGAAAUUUGGCGGAUCUGGGAAGAGUAAACAAGCUUGUAAAACUAGACGUUGCCCUAAUAUGGCAAUUCAAGACGCUGCUGCAGAAUCAGAGAAUGAAGAUGAUGACAUAGACGAAGAUACUGUUGAAGAUACAAAAGUAAAGAAUAUAAUAGAAGAAAAACCAUGUUCAAAACGGAUUUUGCAUAAAGUGGAGUGGCGCGGCGAGAUAUCAUUUGAAAAUAAUGAUAGGGUUUAUUAUGAAGAAGCACAAGUUGGUGAUACAAUUGUCAAACCGGAUGAUUUUGUAAUGUUGAACCAUUCGAAACCAAACGAACCACUUCUUAUCGCACAAAUAUCAUAUAUGUGGAAAGAUAAGCGAGGGUUUGGAGCUGCCACAUUCCACGCUCAUAUCUUUACACGAGGCGUAAAAACGGUCCUCGGCGAAACAUCCGAUCCUCGUGAACUCUUUGAUGUCGAUAUGUGCGAAAAUUUACCGCUUGGUAGUAUCGUUCGUAAAGCUUUCGUUGAACGAAGAUUUCCUCCGGUAAAUUGGUUCGAAUUGGGUGGUAUUGAAAGGUUGCCACCAAUUUUAGAAGACGACGGACAAAAUUAUUUUUAUUCGAAAAGAUACGACGCGACAUGCGGGAGAUUUGAGGACUUAAUUGAAGAUGAUGACGAGAAUAUUGAUGAUGAUGAAAAGGAUUUUAGUCCUUGUUCAGCUUGUAGGAGGAAAAUGAUUAUGUUGAAAACAACGAAACCUUGCUACAAAGAAGGUUAUAUCUCUUGGUUUGGGGAGAAUUAUAAAAUUGGAACCGGUGUUUAUCUAAUUCCAGAAACUUAUGAUUUUGAUUCUGAUUCAGAAGAGAAUUCAAAUUCACCUAAGUCUGAAACGAAAGCAGAUCAAGAUCUUUACACUGAAUACUAUCGAAAAACAUCCGAUUUUGUUAAAAAAGGCAACAGCGACACACCUCAACCCUUUUGUAUAGGAGUAAUUGAAAAUAUCAUCGAAAAUUCAAAUGCUAAAGAUAUUAAAGUAGAAGUAAGAAAAUUUUAUCGACCGGAAAAUACACAUCGUGGAAUAUUUGUAACAUAUCAAGAAGAUCUUAAUUAUUUAUAUUGGAGUGAAGAAAAAAUUAUUGUUUCAUUUGAUAAUAUUGCUGGAAAAUGUUAUUUAACUUAUGGUGAUAGCUUAGAAAUACCCGUUGCAGAAUGGAGUAGUUUAGGUCCAGAUCGAUUCUAUUUUAAUAAAAUGUAUGACAAAUUUUCCCAUAAAAUACUUGAUUUACCUGAAAAAGUAAUCGAAACCCAAACGUUACGAAAUAUGCCUAAAAAAGGAAAAGGAAAGAAUAAAUCCAAAAAAGUAAACUCUCAAAAUAAAUGUAUAGAUGACGAACUUCCAAAAAUUUGGCCGAAAAUAUCGAAGCCAUUACAAUGUAUGGAUGUUUUUGCCGGGUGUGGAGGUUUAUCUUUAGGUUUACAUCAAUCGGGAAUUGCACUUACAAAAUGGGCUAUUGAGAAGGAAAUUGAACCCGCUCAAGCGUUUAAAUUGAAUAAUCCAGAUGCUUUAGUUUUCACCGAAGACUGUAAUGAGUUAUUAAAAGGAGUUUUUGACCAAACUGAAUAUGCAAAGAGAAUGCCCAAAAAAGGUGAUGUUGAAAUGCUCGUUGGGGGACCACCUUGUCAAGGUUUUUCUGGCAUGAAUAGGUUUAAUGCUGGACAAUAUUCAAGAUUUAAGAAUUCUUUGGUUGUAUCAUAUUUAAGUUAUUGUGAUUAUUACAGACCAAAAUAUUUUAUCUUAGAAAACGUUCGAAAUUUCGUAAGUCAUAACCGUAGUAUGGUUUUAAAAUUAACAUUACGUUGUUUGGUGGCGAUGGGUUAUCAAGUAACUUUUGGCAUAGUACAAGCUGGACAUUACGGGGUUCCUCAAACGCGAAGACGUUUAAUAAUCAUGGCUGCAGCUCCAGGAUAUGUUUUACCAAAGUACCCCGAACCAAGACAUGUUUUUAAUAAGAGGGGUUGUUUGCUUUCGAUCGCCGUUGAUAACCAAAGAUUUGUUAAUGGUUGUCAAUUUACGUCUUCUGCUCCGUAUCGAAUGACAACAGUUCGCGAUGCAAUGUCCGACCUUCCAGAUAUAAAAAAUGGAUGGAACCAAAAAGAAAUUCAAUAUGAUGCAGAACCGAUGUCUCAUUUUCAAAAAUUAAUGAGAAAGGGCGAAGGUGAUUUGGUUCGGGAUCAUAUUUGUAAAGAAAUGACUCCUUUAGUAGAGGCGAGAAUGACUUAUAUUCCAUUAGCACCAGGAUCAGAUUGGAGAGAUUUACCAAAUAUAGAAGUUAGAUUAAGUGAUGGAAAUUACACGAAAAAGUUAAGAUAUCCUUAUAGAAUUAAAAAACAAUCCAAAGACGAACCUAAUAAAGGUGUAUGCCAAUGCACAACCGGAAAAGGAAUAAGAUGCGAUCCAGCUGAUAAACAAUCUGAUACGUUAAUUCCAUGGUGUUUACCCCAUACAGGUGAUAGGCACAAUCAUUGGGCGGGACUUUAUGGGAGGUUAGAAUGGGAUGGAUUCUUUAGUACAACAGUUACAAAUCCAGAACCAAUGGGAAAACAAGGAAAAGUGUUACAUCCUGAUCAACAUAGAGUAGUUAGUGUAAGGGAAUGUGCGCGAAGUCAGGGAUUCCCAGACAGAUACCAAUUUGUUGGUUCCGUACUAAAAAAACAUAGACAAAUUGGAAAUGCGGUACCGCCACCUUUGGGUGCGGCACUUGGAAGUGAAAUAUUAAAAGCGCUGGAUGCGAGAGAUAAGAAAAAAGUGUCUUAACUGUAACAGUUAUUUUAAUUGUUUUUAAAUUAUAUAAUAUAUAUUGUUUUUUUAUCUUAAUUCCUUAAUGAUGUGUUCAAUAAAUGACUAAAUUUGUACAGAA